GGCGACUUGCUGCGGCACAUCGAAGCAAAAGAGGCGGCGCAUUGCAUUUUUAACCACAGCCACCUUCAUUGCCCCGCACGCAACUAUAGUCGGAACAAGUCCGAGCAGCAUCCUAGCCUUGGACGUCGGAGGAGAGACUCGACAAGAACAAGUACGAAAAGCCGCCCCCGCGCUUUCGAAGCGGCCUCAAAACUAGACCUGGCCUCUGGCACGAGAGGUGCCGACUGUGAUGUAGGUUACCGAGGCAUCGACCCCAUUGCCAAUGUUGUUGCUAGUCAACGACGACAAGAUGCCAGGCCGUUUGUGCCAACAGACCGACACCAGCCCCAGCAUAAUCGCCUCUGUCAUGAACGAGAAAAGAUCCUUUCAACAAGCCAGCGUGACACUUCGCAGAAUUUUUGCAUCGACAGACGUUGCAAAGAUCACAAACAUAUUACAGCGCGCGGCCACAUGUCUGCAAGAACCAGUCACGAGGACGUGAGUAGGCAAGAUCGCAAAGCAGGCAGAGAAAGCUUUUCUUUGGAAAGCUCCGCUCUAUCGGCUUUUAGUAUUGUGGAAAGUGACGACAUGACUAGGUCGCGCAGGACUUCAAACUCUAGUUCGCUCUAUCGUAGAGAUGUUGCUUUGGAGCUCUCGCUAUCCGGCACCGCAUCAGUCCUUCGUCACUCGUCUUCCGGAAAUUCCAAGACAAGCACGCGCGAUAUCGCAAUGAAUUCCACAAAUAGCAGCGAACAAUGGCAGAAGGGCGUCGCACCCGGAGCAAGAGGUGAAGAGCGUGAUAGCGGAGCAGCAAUAGACGAUCCUCAUCGACCAGGAUCCUCUUCUCGCUUACGAACUAGCUGUAAGGCGAAGAAGGUGGACAAAGACGGUCAUAUGCUCCGGAGAGGCAAGCAACAAAAUUCUAGACAACAUGGAGCUUCAGUGCACAAGAAGAUUCGUGAGAGUUGGAGCCAGAAUGGAUCGAGCAGACUGUCGCGUGGGGAUAGUGGACCCUCUUCACGUGUGUCGCUGUCGUCUGCAAUUAAGACCGAAUACACUAAAGAUAUUUACCAAGUGCAGCAUUACAGUAGAGUGAGCUUCGCUAGUUCUGAGUAUGCCGACGACAUAUAAUUGAUGUAGGCUGAGAAAGUAGAUGUAGGGCUGCAGGCGCUUCUCUAACGAAACGAGUGGCCAGGUUCAAUUCCCCGCUGACUUCGAACGACGGCGGGCCGUAAAGAAACAGAAACGCUCAGAGGCGGAUGAGGAUCGUACCUGCUUGGGAGAGUCGCUGAAAUGCCUCUGGAAAAAUGGCGUGGUGAUUAAGGCUACAAUCUUGUCCACAUAGGAAGAUGCGAAUUGAAACAUGAGUGAACUUCUACAGGAAAUCUUUUCUACUAGAAUUUUGUGGUCCCUGGCGCCGAGGUUAGAAGUAUUACAAUAAUGUGAAUCGGUAAUGUAUGGACCGCAAGUGUCUAAGUUCAACUGUGUAAUGCAGGCAGUGGCGAAGCAGCAAACGCGAAAAGAGCAAAUGAACACGAACAGCGGCCCUUUUGCACCACCACCACCACCACCACCACCAGAAUUCUACGAUGGUGCGCGGCACGACGCCAAUGAUGGUGCGCCUCCGUCGUGCAGAGUCUACCCACACGACGCAACUGGAGCAGCUGCGCAAGUAGUGAACAAGCAUCUUCGAUUAGAUCUGCAGAGACACCAGAUGGCUGCCCUGCAAAGGCAGCGGAAACAGUUGUUUCUUUAG